UCGGUAUCAUGUGAUCAAAUUUACAGCAGACGACAAAAUUAAUCUGUACGAUUUUAUGGGCCGAUCUGAGACUUAUAUUGAUAAUUUGUGAUUAUUUUUAAUUACAAUGGAGGCAGAAGAUCAGGUUGUAGAAGAAGAUUUAGUGAAUGAUGAUGACGAGGAAUCAUUAUUUGUUGACAUUGACCAACUCCAGAAUCAUGGCAUUAAUGUAGCUGACAUUAAGAAACUAAAGCAGUCAGGAAUAUGUACAAUAAAGGGAAUACAAAUGACUACACGAAAAAAGUUGUGCAAUAUUAAAGGCAUAUCAGAAGCCAAAAUGGAGAAGAUCAAAGAAGCUGCUGGAAAACUGAAUGAUCCUGGAUUUUUGACAGCUCUUGAAUAUGCAGAUAAAAGAAAAAUGGUUUUUAAAGUAUCAAGUGGAAGCCAAGAAUUGGAUAAAUUGCUUCGUGGUGGUAUUGAGUCGAUGGCAAUUACUGAAGCUUUUGGAGAAUUCCGGACUGGAAAAACACAGCUGUCACAUACACUUUGUGUUACUGCACAGCUUCCAGGUGCUAAUGGUUAUACAGGAGGAAAAGUUGUUUUUAUUGAUACAGAAAAUACAUUUCGACCUGACAGACUUAGAAGUAUUGCAGAUAGAUUUAACUUGGAUCAAAAUGCAGUCCUUGACAAUGUGCUUUAUGCAAGAGCUUAUACAAGUGAGCAUCAGUAUGAACUAAUGGACUAUGUUGCUGCAAAAUUUUAUGAAGAACCUGGGGUAUUCAAAUUAUUGAUUGUUGACUCCAUAAUGGCAUUGUUUAGAGUGGACUUUUGUGGGAGAGGAGAGUUAGCAGAUCGUCAACAAAAACUAGCACAACUUCUCUCAAGACUACAAAAAACUGCUGAAGAGUAUAAUGUGGCUGUAUUUGUUACAAACCAAAUGACUGCCGAUCCUGGUGCUGGUAUGACUUUCCAAGCCGAUCCAAAGAAGCCAAUUGGAGGACACAUCUUAGCACAUGCCUCUACCACCAGAAUAUCCCUAAGGAAGGGCAGAGGUGAAAACCGAAUUGCAAAAAUAUAUGACAGUCCUGACCUACCUGAAAAUGAAGCUACAUUUGCUAUAAGUGGAGGAGGAAUAACCGAUUCAAAGGAAUAAUUGACAAUUCUGCUGCCAUCACUCUUGAAUAUACUUUUACAAAUGCAUGUAGGAGAUUAAGAAAGAUAUACGAAUGUGCAUGAAUCUAUGACACUUUUUAUUUAUAAAGAUCCAUUAUAAAUAGUGACAAAUAAGACCAGAUUUGAGUAAACCAAUACCUUUUGUUAGCAUGAAUAUGUGUGAGAUUUCCUAUCAUGUAAAUAUUGCAGUUUUGUUAAAAUACAACAUAUUUAUUUAAUAUAUUUAUAUGGUCUUAGGCACAGAAGUGACUAAUUAAUGUUGUUAUUAUUGAAUAACAUUGUUGUUACAACAUA